AUGUCGAACUUGUUCGAAGAGGCUCGCCAGCGUCUCAACGGAACACCCAGUGUGAUUCCAGAGCGCUUGCGGUCGUUUUCGGGCCAGAUUCCCACGCUUGGCGGCGGACACGAUGCUGGCGACAGCGGAGGUGGGAGCAGAGGAGGAGACAAAGCUUUCAGUCGUAAUGGGAGCUAUCCGUCCAGCGAACUGGACUCCACGGACGCCAACCAGCCCUCUUCAGGCGGCAGCAGUGGGUCCGAAGAGUCCGAGUCGUUGCUGAUGAUGGGAUCGUCGAAGCACGGUCACGUGCACGGCCAUGGCCACCACCACCACCACGCCAAGCGUGGCCAAACAGACUCUGAAGCUGCCACCAACACCUCGGCACCCGGGUCGGCCAGCGCCGCGUCCGUCAGAGACUCCUUUACUGUCAGACUCAACGGGUCCACGCUGAACUCUGACGCUGUAGCUGGCGGCGCCAGUAUGGGCGCUGAGGCCGCAGAAAGAGCGGUUUCCGCUCUAAAAUUGGAAUCCACUGCUUCCAAAUAG